CGAAUAGGGAAAACUGACGAGGAGAUGCCCAGGGGUCGUGGAAGCCAUCCAACAACGCGUCGUUGACGAGUUGGAGGACGACAACUCGAAUAUGUCUCUCGUGUCGGGCUUCAGCGAUUCGGACACGAUCGAAUCACCCACGUAACUGAGACCGAGUCGAAGACACUACCUAUGAGAAAGCUUCAGGAACGGUCGAAGGGUCGACUGCAUUAUCCGAUCAACUGGAACACACCCCGGACGUACGCACGUGAGAGGUACGGGGAAGGAAGACUUGAUGGGAACGAUACAAUAUGCGACUAUACAUCAGGAGGGCCUGGGCAACAGGCAGAACGGCAUGGAUCGGGAAUUAGACGGAAGACCCAUGAUAAUCAUGAUUACGGAACGGGUCUGCAUUCUCUGCUUUUUAUCUCUUCUGGUUUGCUCUGCAUGAGCACUGGCGUAAUUUUGCUUUUUCAGGGAAGGGAGCGGAUGGGACCGUAGGAUGUGUCCCUUGCUUUUCUUGUCGGCUGAGCUGAGC